AUGACUGAAACAAUGGUUCGUGUAACACUAACUAAUGCAACAACAACAGAUACAACAACUGUUACUUCAUCCUCAGCAUCAUCUAGUUCUAGUAUUAAUUUAACUACUGUACAACAAUCUUCAUCGUCUAUAUCAAGUAUAUUACCACUUCGAUCAACAUCAACAAAUAUAAAUGAAAAAAAACUCAAACCAACGAAAAAUCAUACAUAUGAUGAUUAUCUUAUUUAUAUUCUCAAAUGGCCUGUUUCAUUAAUUGAUGAAUUAGAACCUGAAACUAGUAUUUUAUAUAAAGAGUUUCUUGGUGAAAAUACUUAUCCAGUACCAUUACUUGAACUUUAUUCUUCAUUUGAUGAAUAUGAAGAAAUUACAUUACCUUGGUUAUUCGAAGAAACAUUCGAAGAAAUCAAACGAAGUACAAAAUUAAAUGAUCAUAAAUUAGCCGGAGUAGAACUCGAUGCUGUUCUUCAUCAAGUACGUCUUUUAAAAUCAGGAAUUUAUGAACUUCAUAGUCAAGUAUUACACAAACGAACUCCUACUAAUAAUCAACAUCGAGAUAUGUUUAGUGAUGAUGAUUUAGUUGUUAUUACUUUGUCAAAUCAACCAAUAAACAAAAUAUUUGGUCUUGUUCGAAGUGGAGAACGAAUUACAGAUAAAGCACGUUUACAUAAAUCAUAUCUCGAUCAUCCUGAUGUGAAAAUACAACCACCAGUAUGGAUAUGUCAUGAAUAUAAUAUUCGCAUAUUUGGUAAUGGAAUGAAGAUUCAUGAUGGAUCUAAAAUAAAGAUUAAAGCCAUUACUUCAUUAACUGCUACAUUACGUCGUUUUAAAGCUCUUGCAUCGAUGCGUUCAUGUCCUUUAUUUGAACAUCUACUUAGUCCAUCAUUAAAUGAUAAUAUAUUUCAAAUAACAAAUAAACAAGAAAAUUGUAUGGAAGAAAAAUAUUAUCAGGCUUAUAAUGAAUCUCAACGAAAUGUUAUUGCUGAAGCUGUUUCAAUGAUACGUGAUACAAAAGACGAUGAUCAAGCAAAAAUUUAUAUGUGUCAAGGACCACCUGGCACUGGUAAAUCUCAAACAAUUACUGGCAUUGUCAGAGCCCUUUUACAACCAACAUUAUCUUCAUCUACUUCAAAUGAUCAACCUCUAACAAUAUCAUCAUCUGAUACAUCAAAGAAAAAAAUUAAAAUAUUAAUAUGUUGUCCUUCAAAUGGUGGUUGUAAUGAAAUAGUUCGUCGUUUAAUUGAUGUAUUUGCACGUAAAACAACUGAUUCAAAUACUGAUCAAGCUGCAUCGAAAUUACCAUUCAAAUUAAUUCGUUGUGCACGUGGUGGUGGUGUAAGUCGAGAUAUUGAAAAUCUAUCGCUUGAUGUGCUUGCUCAAAAACGUCUUGAAGAAGUAUUAAAUACUGGUGGACAAAAUGAAGCUAUUGAACGAAAUUUAGCUAAUAAAGAAAAACAGAAAAAACAACUUUUACAAAGAAUUGAAGAUGAAAAAAAGAAACAACAAACAACAUCUGCGAAUAAUCAAACUUCUGAAGAGUUAAAAGAUUUAGAAUUAAAUUUAAAAGAAAUAACGGCAAGUAUUCAAAAAUUACAACAAACAUGUCGAAAGACAAUGCCUGAAUCUGCUCGACGUCAACGUGAACGUGAAAUAAAAUUAGAAUUAUUACAAGAUGCUGACAUUUGUAUUUCAACUCUUAAUUAUGUUGGAAAUGCAAUAUUUGAUGCUUUUUCGCCAUUUAAUACAAAUAGUCACUUGAAUAAAAAUGACAAACUAAAAAACUUACCAACAUCAUCAUCAUCUUCAAUAGUAUCAACUCUAUUUAAUUGCUUAAUUAUUGAUGAAGCUGGUCAAUGUAUAGAAAUUGAUAAUUAUAUUCCUCUUCGACUUGGAAUGAAUCGAAUUGUACUUGUUGGUGAUCCUGAACAACUUCCUGCAACUAUUUUAUCUCGACGAGCACUUGAAGCUGGUUUAAAUCAAUCAUUAUUCGAACGACUUUAUAGAUUAUUUAAAUAUGAUUUAAACAAUCCAAUUCGUAUGCUGAAUAUACAAUAUAGAAUGCAUGAUGAAAUAUGUAAAUUUCCAUCAAUGCAUAUUUAUCGUUCAAAAUUAAAAACAGAUAAAAUAACAAAUCAAAAACGAAAAAAAUUUCUAUUAAAACCAUACAUGAUACUCGAUAUUGUUAAUGGUCAAGAUCAACUUGAUUCUGUUACACAAUCUUAUGGAAAUCCACUUGAAGCAAAUAUGGUUGCAUAUCUAGUACAAUUUAUUAAUGAACGAGCAAAAGUACCAUUCAAUCAAAUUGGUAUUAUUACUCCAUAUAAUUACCAAGUUAAACUUAUUGAACAAAGACUUAUGCAACAGAAUCUUCAUCAGCAUAAAAUUGAAAUUGGAACAGUCGAUGCUUUUCAAGGUCGACAAAAAGAUGUUAUUCUUCUAUCAUGUGUUCGUGCUACACAAAUUACUGAUACAACAACAACAAUAGGAAUUGGUUUUGUUGCUAAUCGACAACGAUUAAAUGUUUCAUUAACUCGUGCAAAAUAUGCAAUGUUUAUAUUAGGUCAUAUGAAUUCAUUAAAUAUAAAUGAAGAUUGGCAAAAAUUAUAUUCGAAUGCUGUCGAACGAAAAGCUGCUAUACAAUUAACAUCACCUGAUCAAUUUGAAUGGCUUAUAAAACGUCAACAAGAACCUCAAAUACAUUUAAAUGAAAAUAACUAA